AUGUCAUUUAGAGAUGAAUUAUAUUCCCAAUAUUUUUAUAAAUCUUUGUAUAAGUUAGAAGAUUUAAGCGGAUACAUUGAUGCUUGCAGCUCAUUAGUUAAUUUACAAUUAGGUAGCAGUAUUAAAAUAAUUUGUCCAAGGUUUUUAAAAUAUUUAAAAACUAUUUAUAAAGCAACAUGUAAUCCAGAUGAUACGUAUGAUGUUUGCUUACUUUUGAAUUAUUGGGUAUAUAGUAGAUUAUUUAAUAUUUUGAAAAUUAAAGGUGUAUGCUAUGUUCAUAUAGCUUACGGAAAUCUUCAAAGAGUAUGGUCUGAUUUUCUUGAAGAUAGAUCUUACCCUGAAUUAUGUAAACCCAUUAAUGAAAUGGUUAGUGAUAGAAAUUGGAGAUAA